CACUUUGUAUAUUCAAAUUAAUUGUCACCUACAUGCCUCCCUUAUAACUAGAGACUCUAUGCUCUUAAUGAAGUUCUUCUGCUUAACAAAAUUUUCCAUUGGUAAUUAAUAAGCUAUGUGAAGCUACUGGCUCUUAUAAAUUUUACCACAUAAGAGUUUAGAUAAUAAGAGGUUGAAUCAGAAUAAGUCAUGGCUAUUGAACCACAGCAUGUGAUGGUGAUGCAGGAUGCAUCUAAACUAAAUUUGAAAGUAUUUUCUUGGGUUGUAAAUGGCUUAUCACUCAAGCCAACAGAUAUGGUCACCCUAUUUGCAAUCCUGCAUGAGGUUUAUAAUCCUUUGGGUUACAAAAGCAAAUUGGACAACAAAGCACUGGCUGGAGUAAACCAGCGGAUCAUUGAGGAAGAACUUGCAAGAAAGAAGGAAGAGUUUCUGAAUCAUGAGGAUCUUGCAAAGAUUGCUAAAUUGUAUGACUCAAAUGAGGUGGUAUUUAAGGUACAGUUGUUUGCAGGAUCUUCACCGAAAAAUGUUGCUAUAGAAAAUGCCAUAAAACUAAAGGCAACUUGGAUGAUACUUGACAGGCAAAUGAAGAAAGAUGAGGAGUUAUUCCUGCAGAAGCUUUCUUGUGGUGUAUCUAGAGUGGUGGGUAAAACUCACAUAGUACGUCUAAGAGGACCACUAGAUGUUGCAGUUGAAAUACAAUGUAACAGCCAUGAAUCAUAUGCUGAAAGUUUACCAGAAAGUACAUGUGGAUGUGGAGAUGUUUCCAACAUUGGUUUUGUCCCCAAAAGUCCAGUUAAUGAAGAAGGGGUAAGCCAGAUAGAUUGCAUGCCCUAUAAGGAUGAAGGGUGCUCAACAUUCACUCCUAACAGUAAUAAAAAUGAUAAAAACAGUAACCAAAUCACAGACAAGCAAUGCCAUGAUCAAGAGCAUAUUGAUGAAAUGAUGAUUAACAAUGAUGAAACAAAAGAUCAUGAGAUGAUAAUUUCUCAUGAGGGUAUAUUAGAUGAACAACAAGAGAGAACCAUUUUGGAAAACUCAAUGUGUUGUUCUAUAUGCUCUAUCUGCAAAACUAGAAGGCCCAAUAUCGAAUGGCGAAAAGAAUUCAGUUAUGAAGAGCUUGAAUCAGCCACAGAUGGAUUUUCAUUGAAGAACUGUCUAUCUGAAAGUGGAAAUCAAUUUUCUACUUUCAAAGGAAAAUUGGAGGGAGAGGUGAAAAUAGUUGUUAAGCAGCAUGAAAUAAAAAAUAUUCAAGUAAGGGAAAAAAUGAAGUCAGAAGUUCAAACAAUCCUCAAAGUUAGACAUAACAAUGUGGUCAUGCUAUUGGGUUCAUCUACACAAGAUUGUUUCAUGUUGACUGUAUAUGAGUUUGCAUGCAAUGGUUCCCUUGACAUGUAUCUAUCAAGGGAAAGGUGCAGAGCAUUGACCUGGAGUGAAAGGGUGAGAGUAGUAAUAGGCCUCUCAAGAGGUCUAAAGUACCUACAUGACAAUAACAUUAUUCAUGGCAAUAUAAAGCCAAGUAAUAUUCUUCUAACACAUGACUUCAAUCCACUGCUUGGAGAUUUUGACCUUGGGAAAAAUCUGGAACCGAAGAAUUCCUUGAAUAAUAAAAGCAUAGGGAAUUCUGAAUACAUAGCACCAGAGUAUGAGGAUAAGGGGAAAGUAUCAAGUAAAACAGAUGUAUACUCUUUUGGUGUGGUUAUUUUAGAGUUGAUUACAGGACGCAAAGCAGCAGAUAAAAUAUCAGGAGACAAAAAACUUGUUGCAUGGGCCAAACCUCUUCUACGAGGAAAGAAGUACUCAGAACUGGUGGAUCCUAUAAUAAGCAACACAUAUGAAGAAGAACAACUUCGCUGGUUGGUAAAAGUAGCAGCACAAUGUCUCAAAAAGAAGCCUAAAGAAAGAUUUUCCAUGAACAUGGCUGUUUCUGCAUUACAAGGCAUAGCAGAUGGCGAACAAUGCCACAUUACAGAAGACUUAACUUCAGAUAUAUUACAAAGCAUACCAAACAGAAAAGAAUGCUACAUGAAAGGGGACUUUCCUCCUGUUGUAUCAGUCAUAAGUGAUUCACAAGGUAGCAAAGACAAUGUAGGUCUAAAAGAAACUGAUCACCAGAGUCCGAAAGAGGAGCGGACGGAGAGCGUCUCCUUUGAGAAGGAAACAAUAAAAGUUGAAAACAAUCAUUUUUACAUGAUAGACCAGCAAAACUCCGAUAUAUUGAGGCAAAUUAAUGAACACGUGAUUGGUCAUGAUCAAGAAGAGGAGAAGAGCUUUGCUCAAGUGAAAAGAGGUUUAAUACCGGCACCUAUUUGUGGAAUGAUUGUUCAAACAAACCUGAUCAAUGAUAAAACACAACGGCAGAGUAGCUUCUAUGAGAAUUUACAUGAUGAACAUCAAGACAAAAUCAUUUUAGUGAACCCAAAAUCCUCCGCAUGCUCUAUUUGCAAAAGUAAACGACCGAAAGUUGUGAGGAUGAAAGACUUUACUUAUGAUGAACUUCUAGAAGCUACUCAAGGUUUUUCAGCUGAGAACUCUUUGUCAGAAAAAGAAGAUGGGCCUACUUUCAAAGGCAUGCUAGAGAGUAAGGUGAAAAUAGUUGUUAAGAAAUAUCAAAUUGCUAGAUCUCAAGAAGAGAAGAUAUUCAAGUCAGAAGUCCAGUUAUUCACCAAUGUUAAACACAAAAAUGUGGUCAUGCUAUUGGGGUUAUGUACAGAUAAAAGUCAAUUGAUGAUUGUUUAUGAACAUGUAUGCAAUGGUUCUCUUGACCAUUACCUAUCAAAGGGAAAUUUCCAGUCAUUGACAUGGAUGGAAAGGGUGAAAGUAUCAGUAGGUACUGCUAGAGGUUUAAAGUACCUACAUGGGAAUAACAUAAUUCAUGGAAGUAUAAAAGCAAGUAACAUCCUUCUAACACAUGACUUUGAACCACUGAUUGGAGAUUUUGGCUUAGGAAAAGUGAAACUUGAGCCAAUGAAGUCCUACAAAGAUAAAAGUGCAAGAGAUUUUGGUUAUACAGCACCUGAGUAUCUGGAGAACGGGAAACUAUCAACUAAGACAGAUGUGUAUUCCUUUGGAGUUGUUCUUUUAGAACUUAUCACUGGCCGGAGGGCAACGGAUAAAUUACCGGGAGGCAAAAGCCUUGUUGGAUGGGCAAGGCCACUACUGGGAGGAAAGAAGUAUCAUCAGUUAAUGGAUCCAAAAAUCAGUAAUUCCUGUGAAGAAGAACAGCUACUAUGGUUGGUCCAAGUAACAGAAAAAUGUCUCAAAAAGAAUCCUAAGGAAAGAUAUACAAUGAACAUGGUUGUAUCUGCAUUACAAGGAAUAGCAGAAUCAGAUGAAUGUUGUGUCGUUGAAGAAGAAUCUCCAAAAAACUCAUAUUCACCAAACGAUGAAUUGUCUAUGCCUAAGACUAGUUCACAAGGUGAAAUGAUGGCCGAACUGGUACCCAGAGAACAAGAACAGAUUGACAGAAACAGAUACAAAGCAGAGAUAAGCUUCAGAACUUCAAUUACAAGCAAUGACAUGAUUGACCAGAUAAACCCGGAUCAACAGAUCGAGGAAAAUCAUCAACAUUAUAAAGAAACCAUCCACUUAGAAAAGAAUGGGAUUUUCUUGAAUCAGAAUCAAGGAAAAACCAUUUUGGAGAAUUUAAAGUCUUCUGUAUGCUCAAUCUGCAAAAGUAGGCGUCCAAAUAACAGAUCACAAAGGAAAUUUACAUGGGAAGAACUUGAAGAUGCUACAGAAGGAUUUUCAAUAAAGUAUUCACUAUCUGAAGGUGAAUAUGGACCUGCAUUUAGAGGUCAGCUUGAUAAUAAGGUGAAAAUAGCUAUUAAGAAAAUUCAAGUCACAAGCUUGCAGGAAGAGAAGAUGUUUAUGACAGAAGUCCAGUUGCUCGCAAAUGCUAGACAUGAAAACAUGAUCAUGCUUCUCGGUUCGUGUAUACGAGAAAAUCAAUUGCUGGUUGUAUAUGAGUACGCAUGCAACGGUUCCCUUGACCAAUACUUAUCAAGAAAAAAUGGUAGGUCAUUGAAUUGGAGAGAAAGGGUGAAAAUAGCAAUAGGUUUAUCCAGAGGUCUGAAGUAUUUACAUGAGAACAACAUAAUACAUGGAAGAGUAAAACCAAGUAACAUUCUUCUAAAUCAUGACUUUAAACCAUUGGUUGGAGAUUUUAUGUUUAGAAAAGAAAGAAGUGAAUUGAAGAAUAGCCACGAAGAUAAAUGUGUUAGGAAUUGUGGAUACACUGCACCAGAGUGUUGGGAUUGUGGAAAACUAUCAACAAAGGGAGAUGUGUACUCUUUUGGUGUCAUUCUUUUAGAGUUGAUUGCUGGCUGUUUGAUUUCAGAUCAAAUACCAGGACAUAAAUGUCUUGUUGAAUGGGCAAGGCCACUUCUUGGUGGAAGAAAGUACCUACAGUUGGUGGAUCCCAAAAUCAGCAGUUCCUAUGAUGAAGAAGAACUUGCUUCAUUAGUCCUAGUAACAGAAAAGUGUCUCAGAAAGAAUCCCAAGGAAAGGUUUACCAUGAAUAUGGUUGUCUCUGUAAUGCCAUUUGUAGUUGAUAGCAAUGAAAUUUAUGUAAUUGAAGACUCUUCUUCAUCAGAAAAAUCAAAUGAAGAAUGCCGCGAUUCAUAUGUAGCAAGCUCAAAAGUUGAAGAGGAACUACAAGAUGAAAACAAAUUAGGCACAAAGAUUGGUGAAGAAAGAGAAGACAAUAUAGCAUGUAGUAGAAAAAACAGUGAAACAGAAAGCACAAGCCCCAUGGUAUUUCAAGAUGGGGGAAGUUGUGAAUCUUAUGGUGGAGCUAGAGACUUUUUUCUCCAAGGUGCUCAAGAAUAUAUAGCAUGUGAAAUUUUUUUUAGCUUGUGCAAUUCAAUUUAAGUAUACAUUUAUUGUGUUACAAUCCAUGAAAGUAAGACAUUGAAUGAAUCAAACACACAAAUGGAGCCAUAUACAAAAUUAAAAUGCCAUUUCUGAGAAUGUGUGAUGUAUAUUGAUAUACCCUCUUUUGGAGUUUGAAGGGGAGCGAAAGGGAGUGCUUUGGGGAGAGUGGAAGAGAGGGAAAUAGAGAGAAAUAUUUUCAUUUAUUUGAGAAAUUGAUUUUGUAAACAAUGAUAAAAGAAUGCUUAUGAUUAAUAUAUUUUUAA